AUGGCAUCAGUCUUAAGAGUUCUAUCAGCGACGAGAAGAGUUUUGGAAAUUCCGAGUAGCUCUCAGUCUCAGCGUUGUUGGCUAAGUAACCAAGCGUGCUUGCUUCGGAGGUUGAUGGAGGAACCCAAAUCGCGAAUCAAAACCCUUCUUGCUUCUGCGGCGGAGAAAGACUCUGCCUCUGAUUUUUCUUGGGAAUCACUUGUUAGUUCUCUCGCUUCUUCUUCCUCUCCUGACAAAACCCACUUGGUUCUGGAAUGGAAAUUGGAGAAGUUGCUAAAGGAGAAUGAGAGAGAUCAUGAUCGUUACUGUGAGCUGAUAUCUCUAUGUGGAAAAGUUCGGAAUCUCCCACUUGCAAUGCAAGUCUUUUCUUCUAUGGAGGCCAAUGGAGUUCAACCCACUUGUGCAGUUUUCAAUUCCCUUAUUCAUGUUUGCUUCUCUUCCGGGAAUUUGUUCACUGCUAUCAGCUUGUUUGAGAUUAUGGAGAGCUCAGAGGGACUUAAACCCAAUUCCGACACUCAUGAUGCAUUCAUGUUUGCUUUCUUAAAGUCGGGCAAAAUUGAUAUGAUGCAAGCUUGGUACUCUGCCAAGAAAUCUGCUGGCUUUGAUUCUGAUAUUCAAACCUAUCAGUCUUUGAUUUCGGGUUGUAUCAAAUUGAAAAAUUACGAGCUUGGGGAUAUGUUUUACAAAGAAAUGGUAUUUUCGGGAAUCAUGCCCAACUUGCCCAUAUUGGAGUAUAUGCUGGAAGGGCUUUGUAAGAGGAGAAGCUCUAGCCAAGUCAAAGAAUUCUUGGAGAUGGUGUGUGGUUAUGGGUGGAAGAUGAGUGGGAAAAUGGCUGAGAUGGUUGUGGGGUUGCAUAUCGAACUUGGGAAGGUGGAGCGAUUGGAGGAGCUACUCGAGACUUUAAUGGAGAGUGAUCAGACUUCGGAAGUUUUGUUGCCGGUCCACUGUGGGAUUAUAAGGAUGUUCGCCAUGUUGGAUAGAUUAGAUGAUGUAGAGUACUCUGUGGGUAGAAUGUUGAAACAAGGAUUGUCAUUUAAACAUCCGGAUGAUGUAGAAAAGGUGAUAUGCUCGUACUUCAGGCUCUCGGAGUAUGAUAGGCUGGAGUUGUUCUUGGAAUGUAUCAAGGGUUCUUAUGAACUUACAGGAUCGACUUAUGAUUUAUUGGUUGCUGGCUAUCGAAGAGCCGGGUUAUCUGACAAGUUGAGUGAUAUGAAACUAGAUGGUGGAUCUUCAUAG